CUCUCGCCUUUGGUGCGCCAAGUGGAUUUUGCCCUGGAUUGGAUGCACUUGGACGCUGGCGAGCGCCUCUACCAGCAGAACGAUCCCUCCGAUGUGGUUUAUCUUCUCUUGAGCGGUCGCGUACGAUCGGUGAUUACGCGUCCGGAUGGCAGUAAAGCCAUCAUGCGCGAGUAUGGUCGCCAUGAGCUCGUGGGUGAGCUUGAGGUAUUGACCGAGACGCCACGUGCAACUACCAUUCAUGCCGUGCGCGAUGCCGAGCUGGCAAAGAUCCCCGCGGGUUUGCUGCACCUGGUCAAGCACAAACAUCCGCAUGUGGCCACACAUCUGAUGCGCAUGCUCUCCGAGCGCUUGUUGGGACUGGUCAAGGGUGUAGAGCUAGAGAGCACCGACCCCAAUUUGACCACCGUGGCCUUGUUGCCCACCUCGCCCACCGUGCCAUUGUCCUUGUUUGCUGAGCGACUGCGUCGCGCUUUGGGCCUGUAUGGUGAAACCCUCCACCUCAACGCUGCCAUUGUCAAGGAACAAUUUGGCAUGCAUCCCUGCACCAUUCGUGGCUCGCAGGAAUAUUCCUUUGUCCGAUGGCUGGCAUCACAAGAAGAUCGGCAUAGCGUUGUGCUAUAUGAGGCCGACUACGAGCUGAACGACUGGACGCGUCGCUGCAUUCGGCAAGCCGACUGUGUGCUUAUUGUCGGCGUGGGACAUGAAACCCCUUCCGUGGGUCCAGCCGAAUCGGAGCUGGAGAACGUGGCGGCCAAGGCACAAAAAGAGCUGGUCCUCCUGCACCGUGAUGACACGUUCAUGCCAAAGCGUACGGCCGAUUGGCUGAACGCCCGCACUUGGUGUUCGCGCCAUCAUCACAUCCGUUGCGAUGAUGACAUCUUACCCAAGGAAAAAACCUUGAACCGCAAGCGUCAGCCGCGGCCUAUUGGGCCGAGCCGCUUCACGCUCAUUGAACGCAGCGAUUUUGGACGCCUUGCUCGUCAUCUCUCGGGUCAUUCUAUCGGAUUGGUUCUUGGCGGCGGCGGUGCACGUGGCGCGGCGGAGCUGGGCGUGAUAAAGCAAUUGGAAGAAGCAGGUAUACCCAUCGACAUUGUCGGCGGCACCUCCAUCGGCUCGCUUAUGGCUGCGCUUUAUGCAGAAGAACUGAACUAUGCUGAUAUGAAGCAGCGGUUCGAUGAUUUUACCACAACCAUGGGUUCACAGGUGAACAUGGCUUUGGAUUUGACCUACCCAGUCGUGGCCAUGUUCUCGGGACGCGCUUUCAACCGGGUUAUUGAGGAUUUGUUUGGCAACCGACAAAUCGAAGAUCUUUGGCUGCCCUUUUUCUGUGUGACCACAGAUAUCACGGCCAGCAAGAAAAAGGUACAUAGCUACGGUUCGCUAUGGCGCUAUGUGCGCGCUUCCAUGUCGCUGAGCGGAUACCUACCUCCUCUCUGCGAUCCGGAGGAUGGCCACAUGCUCCUUGAUGGCGGCUAUGUCGACGUUUUGCCCAUUGAGGUUAUGCGCCAGCACGGCGCCACUUAUAUGUUUGCCGUGGACGUCUCAGCCAAGGACCUCAACGAUUAUGAGAACUUUGGUGAUGAGAUCAGUGGGUUUUGGCUGCUAUUUCAGCGUCUCAACCCCUUUGUCAGCAAGCCCAAGAUCCCUCACAUGGAAGACAUUGCCUCCAAGUUGGCCUUUAUUGCUAGCGACAACUAUCUCAACGAGGUUGCUUCGACUUACUGCGACCUUGAUACGUUUUUUUUUUUUUUUUUUUUUUUUUUUUGUGUGGUUCUGAUGCUCAUGGCACAUGCGCUGGUUUUCGUAGCUCGAACGUCACAAUGA